AUGGGGCUGCCUGGCUGGCUUCCCAUUCUUACACAGCUGGUGGUACUGCGGUUCCUGGUGGCCCAGCCCAUGGAGCCCAUCAGGGUCUUCAUGGUUCCCCACAGUCACAUGGAUGUGGGCUGGAUCUACACUGUGCAGGAAAGCCUACAGGCCUAUGCAUCCAACGUGUAUACCUCCGUGGUGCAGGAGCUCAUGCUCCAGGAGCAUCGCUGCUUCAUCGCCGUGGAGCAGGAGUACUUCCGGCUGUGGUGGGAUGGCAUCGCCUCGGACAGGCAGAAACGCCAGGUCCGCCAUCUCCUGGCCACAAGACGCCUGGAGUUUGUCAUUGGGGGCCAGGUCAUGCAUGAUGAGGCCGUGACCCACUUUGAUGACCAGAUUCUGCAGCUCACAGAAGGACACGGGUUCUUAUAUGAAACCUUUGGGAUCCGGCCACGGUUCUCCUGGCAAGUCGACCCCUUUGGCGCCUCUGCCACGACCCCCACCCUAUUUGCCCUGGCGGGCUUCCAUGCCCACGUCAUCUCCCGGAUCGACUAUGACCUGAAGGGUGCCAUGCAGAAAAACCAAGGUCUACAGUUCGUGUGGCGAGGGUCCCCAUCCCUGGCGGCUAAGCAGGAAAUCUUCACGCACGUCUUGGACCAGUACAGCUACUGCUCGGAAGGCUUUUACUGGGAUGGCUCGCCUGUCUUCCCGGAGCCUCCCUCCAAUAGGCUAUUUCAACCCAAGUCUGCACCCAUCACUUGGAACAACAUGAAGUACUAUGUAGAUCUUCUUGUGGACAAUGUGAAAGAACGGGCUGCCUGGUUCCAGACAUCACAUCUCCUCUGGCCCUGGGGGUGUGACAAGCAGUUCUUCAAUGCCUCGCUGCAGUUCGAAAACAUGGACCCUCUGCUGGAAUUCAUCAACAGUAAUACACCCAAACUCGGCAUCUCUGUCGAGUACGCCACGCUGGCCAAAUACUUCGGUGCAUUGCAAGCUACCAAUGUCACCUGGCAUGUCCGUGAACACCAAGACUUCCUGCCCUAUUCCUCAGGUCCACAUCAGGCCUGGACCGGCUUCUACUCAUCCCGCAGCAGGCUCAAGGGGCUGGCCAGGCGAGCCAGCGCUCUGUUGUAUGCUGGGGAGUCCAUGUUCACACGCUCUGUGUGGCCGGUCCCUCACCAGCACCUGGACCUGGACUGGGCCCUGAAGCAGCUCCAGCAGCUCCGCUGGGCUGUCUCUGAGGUGCAGCACCAUCAUGCCAUCACUGGGACUGAGACCCCCAAGGUGAGAGACAUGUAUGUGAAGAAUCUGAGGUCCGGGAUGCAGGGUGUGCACAAACUGAUGGUCUCCAUUGUCCAGGACAGGACCCCGGCAUACUCGGACUCAGAAGCUAGGGGACACGUUGCCGUGGUCUACAACCCCCUGGCCUGGACGGUCACCACCCUUGUUACCCUGACGGUGGGCUUCUCCAGAGUCAGCGUCACAGAUGAGUCCGGCCAGCUGGUGGCUGCACAGAUCCAGGAAUCAAAAGAGAGGCAAACUGCUUAUGAUGUGCAUGUGCUGACCACAAUCCCGGGCCUCAGUUACCGACACUACCGUAUCAGGCAUGCCCAGGGGACUCAAGAAGACACCAAGCAGUUGGGUGCCAGUCUGGCUAAAACCUCCAACUUUGCCCGCAAGCCAGAGACACAUGCUGGUCCAGGGGUUAGGCACCUAAUUUCUGUGGAGAAUGACUGUUACACUGUGUUCCUGGACGCUGACACUAACCUCAUGCACAGCAUCUUGGAGAGAGAGAGUAACAGCACAGUGUGGGUGACCCAGGAGUUCAUGGAGUACCAUGUCAACGGUAAUUUGAAAUAUGGCCCUAUAUCUGAUAACUUUGUGUUUACACCCACUGAGAGUGCAAAGCGCCCAUGGAAAAGUGUGGGGAUGAAGAUUGUGGCAGGAAAGCUCAUGACGGAGAUCCAGCAGUUCUUCUACAGGAAGGAGAGAGACCGGAACCACACAUAUGCCAUCUACUCCCGGCUCGCCCACGUGCCGGUCGGCCAUGGUGGGGAGCUGCUCUGUCGUCGCAUCGAGCAGGAGUACCGGGUGGGCCCCUUGGAGCUGAACCGUGAGGCCAUCCUGAGGACGACCACCAGUCUCCACAACCGGCAAAUCCUCUACUCGGACAGCAAUGGUUUCCAGAUGCAGCGGAGAGUCUUCCGGGAACACGCGACCAACAGCAUCGCUCGGAAUUACUACCCCAUGGUUCAGUCCGCCUUCAUCGAGGACAGCCAAAGCAGGCUGGUGCUGCUGUCUGAGCAGGCACAUGGCGUCUCCAGCCAAGGGAACGGCCAGGUGGAGGUCAUGCUCCAUCGCCGGCUGAGGAACAACUUUGACUGGGCUCUGGAUUAUGACCUCACACUGAACGACACCUCUGUUGUCCACCCCGUGCUCUGGCUCCUGCUGGGACCCCGGCCGCUCACCGCGGGCCUGCGCCAGAGGAGUGGGCUGGCACUGCAGCACAGACCCGUCGUGCUGUUAAGAGAGCUGAAUGCGAUUGCUCAGAAUCUCCCAGACCCCCAACAGCAAGAAGCUGUGACCCUACCCCCAGGUCUUCACCUUCAGAUCCUCAGCAUCCCAGGCUGGAACUAUAGCUCCAACCACACAGAGCACCUGCAGAAUCUCCAGAAAGGCCAAGGAAGGAAGGCCAAGGUGGACCUCCGCCGUGUCCUGCUGCGGCUCCAUCACCUGCAUGAGGUGGGGGAGGACCUGGUCCUGUCUCAACCCGUGAGUGUGAACCUGGAGGUCGUGCUGCAGGGGCUGGGACCAGUGGUGGCAGUGGAGGAGCGCUCGCUCACAGGGACGUGGGAUGUGAGCACGCUGCACCGCUGGAGCUGGAGGACACGGGAUGGUCCCCACAGCGGAGGCAGCUCCAGCUCUCACUCGACAUCCCUGCAAGGCACGAAGGUCACCAUUUACCCGAAGGAAAUGCGGACAUUCUUCAUCCACUUUCGUAGCAGUGACCCCUUGGCUGACUCUGUGAACUCAGGGCAACCCCAGGAGCCCCAGGAAAAGGAACAGGACCCAGGACAUGGAAAAGCAGCAUGGGAGGAUGAGUGA